UGUACUAAAUCGAUGCAUACAAAAUCAUUGUUUGCAGUUUGCUGAUGUGCUAGAGACAAAUUUAUCUUCUAUGCAAUCCGCGUCAACACGAGGCAGGCAGCGGUCAUGCGACGUCACUAAGCAGGUCCCGGUAGCUGACACGUGGGCCCCGGUUCCGUGGCGCUGUGGCCCACGGCGACGGUAACCACACCACACGCUCUCGGCUUCGUGCUGUCCUCUCGGCCGCGCAAAUCUAUAGAAAGCUGUGUAAAAAUCUCUAGAGUGAGUUCACAGCCCAACAAUUGCGCACACUUUUUCGUGGCCGCUCUGCUCUCCAGAAUUCUAAACAUCACGCGUCUACGCCCCUUGCAGCCUUGCUCGCAGUUCGCUCCACGACAUGGCGGCCUCGGUGCUGCAGGCCGAGCGCCACCUGCUCCUGCUCGGCAGCGGCCGCAACCGUCCCCUCCUCCGCAUGCUCCCGCCACGCGUGCUCUUCCCGCACCGGCGCCGCAGCUGGCCCCGGGCCGUGAGGGUGUCACCCGGCGACGGCGAGGGCGCGGGAGGGUUCGCGAGCGCCGUGGAGAAGCGCUCGAUACCGGGGAUAGUUGAGGAGGAAGGGUAUGGAGCGAGGGGAGAGGAGUUGGAAGGGGACGUGGCCGGGGCUUUGGAGCAGAGGUGGCCUCCGUGGGAUGGGUUGGCCGAGCGGUACAAGCUCAUCGGCGCCACCUCCCUCGCCUUCGUCAUCUGCAACAUGGACAAGGUUAACUUGAGUGUCGCAAUUAUUCCAAUGUCACAUCAAUAUGGUUGGAACUCAUCAACUGCUGGCUUAGUUCAGUCCUCAUUCUUUUGGGGUUAUGCAUUGAGUCAACUACCAGGAGGAUGGCUGGCAAAAUUGUUUGGCGGAAGGAAAGUGCUUGAGGUCGGUGUUGUGACAUGGUCUUUGGCCACUGCUAUAAUUCCUGUUGUAGCAGGUUUUAUGCCAGGGCUUGUACUAUCGAGGAUUCUGGUAGGUAUUGGAGAAGGUGUUUCACCAUCAGCUGCUACAGAUUUAAUUGCUAGGUCCAUUCCUUGGCAAGAACGAUCAAGAGCAGUUGCUGUUGUUUUUGGUGGGUUGAGCUUUGGCAGUGUCUUAGGACUCCUGUUUGCCCCUCCCAUCAUUCAGAACUUUGGCUGGGAGUCUGUCUUUUACAUAUUUGGCCUUCUUGGGAUUGUUUGGUGCUUAGGAUUUGAAUCUCUUAUAGUGCAACGGUUCGGUGACAAAAAAAGCCUAUUAAAUCUUGGACAAAGUUCUACUGGAUCUGAUGGUCUUAUCUCAUAUGCUAUGUCUUCGGAAUCAUCACACUCGUCAUUGGAAGAUCUGCAAAAUUCACUAAAGGAUGUGCCUUGGGGGGCAUUUUUCAAAAGCAAGGCGGUCUGGGCAAUGAUAUAUGCACACUUUUGUGGAAGUUGGGGGCAUUAUACUUGUUUGUCUUGGCUACCAACAUUCUUUAGCGAGGAGCUGAACCUGAACUUGACAGAAGCAGCAUGGGUGUCAGUCCUUCCUCCUUUGGGUUCAAUGAUCAUUACAUCUAUUGCAGCACCUUUUGCAGACAACUUGAUAUCAAAUGGAGUUGACACCACGAAGGUGCGAAAAAUUUGCCAAACAAUUGCCUUUGUGUCACCUGCGACUUUCAUGAUGCUUUCCUCUGUGGAUCUUGGACUGCCUCCCUGGGAAAUUGUUGCUUUUCUUACAAGUGGUGUAGCACUCUCCAGCUUCGCAUUGUCAGGGCUUUAUUGCACACAUCAAGACAUCUCUAGUGAAUAUGCAAGCAUUCUCCUGGGAAUCACAAACACUGUAGGCGCGGUGCCAGGAAUUGUAGGCGUUGCACUCACAGGCUUUCUUCUUGAUUCAACUCAUUCUUGGAGUAUAUCACUCUUUGCGCCUUCUAUCUUCUUUUACUUAACUGGUACUGUUGUAUGGUUGGCAUUUGCAAGCAGUAAGCCCCAGGAUUUUUCCAAGUCAGGACCUGAGUCUGAGCCGUGAAUCGUGAUGUAUGGUACUCCUCUGCACAUAAGGAUCGUUUCACAAGGAAAAUUCGUUUUGAGUUUAGACAAAAGAAUGGAGUUCUAGGGCAGAGAAUAGAUGUUAUGUUCCUCUUCAGUCAGUAGCAGACAAGAGGAAGCCACUGAUAAGGGGACAAUGCUUGCGUGUAUAUAGUAUAAUGAUGAUAGGCUUUUUUUCUGGUUAGUUUUCACAUUUUGAUAUGGUUUUGAUUUUUGAAUGUGUGCAGUCAGGUCCGCGGUCCGCCAGUUUGUAGUAUCCUGUUGGUUUCGGGUGUCUUGGUUGUUGAGUGAGAUUUAGAAUGUGCUGAUACUUCGUUUCAGUGCUUGUACUUUAGAUUCGACCUGUUACGAAAAAAAUGAAGAGUACCCACUGAAUUUUAAAUUA